UCGAAAGCGCCUCCCUCCAUAUGGGAAAACGGAUUUUGUGCUCUAAUUCUCUGUCCAUAAAGAUGUUCUUAAUUUCUAUUUCCUCUUUGAGUUUAAUUUCAGACGAGUUUAGUUUCAAUUUCCUGUUUUGCGUUGGUCAAAGAGGAGGCGCGGUGAUGAUGUGAUUAUAUUUCGUUAAUCUGAUAUUAACUGAGGAAAAUUAUCAAUCCAUUCUUUUUUGUCUGAGCGCCUCCUAUUUCUUUCCACUUUUUACUUAUUUCUUAGGUUAUUUUUGAAUAUAUUUAUUGUUUUUAACCUCCCAUGGUUUAUCAAUCCACAGUUACUGUUUUUAAAGUUUCUCUAAUUUUAUCCCUUCUUAAAUAAAUGAAUUAGUUUUCAUUUUGAAAGAGUUCGAAACCCAUUGUGUAAGCUUUAUGAUUUUUUCGUAAAUUCUGAAUUGUUUUUUUAACACAGUAUGUUAAAUUUUUCAAUCCACAUUGAGUGGACUAGCUAUUUAGAUUUAUCAGUUUCCCUAAGCUACAAUUAGGAUGUAGCAUAAGAAAGUUGAAAGCUAUGCUAUGCUAUGCUAUGCUAUGCUAUGCUAUUCUAUUGAAUUAUUACUACACCUUUUACCUAUGUUUUGAUAUUUAUACAUUGGUCUUAAAUUUUAGUAGUAUUUAUUUUUCACUUGUUGGAUUGAUUAAUUCAGAGUCUCAGACCGUUUCCAAAUAUAUCAAAACUUGUGACAAAUCCUAUACAUCCGAAAUGAUUUUCAGCCGUAUACAUAAAUUUAACUACUACAAUUUGAUCUGUUGCAAGUUCAGUAUCAAUAAUACAUUGCAUUAGUUUGAAAAUAGGUUGACAGUUUUACAAAAAGGGAAAAAGUAUCUCAAAUAGAGUUUUUUGCGAAAAUUACAACUUAAUUUUGAUUAAUUAAAUUUAUUUGACUUGUAUAUGCGCGAUGAUGAUGUGAUUGUAUCUCGUUAAUCCGAAAUUAACUGAUGUGAUUAUAUUUCGUUCCUCAUUUGUGUUUUGUUUUAAAACUCUCAGACUCAUGGUUUAUCGUCUCAAUAUUUUUGUUUAAUUUUAAACUUGUCUGAAUUUUAAUAUAAUUAACUGAUGCAAUUAUCUUGUAAUGAUCCAAAAGGAAUACCGUGUUCAACCUGAUUUAAAUAUAUGAAGGUAGUCAAUAUAUGGUGAACUUUGAGAAAUGUGUUUCAAAAUUCAAACACAAAAAAGCCGCGUACUUUACAACUUCACCUUCAAUUCCAAUUGGAAUCGAACACGACUCAAAUAUUGGUAGCAAAUACUACUAAAAGUAAUCACAAUCAUCAAAUGAGAAAGAUCAAUUUCAGUUUCUCUACUAUUAAUUCAUCCAUAUCCCGUACUACUAUUCUUCAAUCUGCAUAUGAACCACCACAGCACGCCUAUUUGCUUGCAUCCAUUGAAAGUUCAAAAUAGGAGCUUAGCCAUUGCUUGCAUCCAUUGAAAGUUCAAAAUAGGAGCUUAGCCAAACAAAGUUGAGAAAUGGAGACCUUAAUGGAGGAGGAGGAGGAAGAGUACAACUGGAGAGAAGUGGUUUUGCCGUCGCUGAUACUGGUUGUACCCGAGACCGGAGAGAGAAGGAGGGGCCGCCACAUCAUGAUCGUGGUCGAUCAUGGCCCUAAAAGUUUGAACAACAAAAUUGUGUACGACAUGACUCAGGGGCUCAUGGAGAAGCUCGCAGCCGAGGCCUUUGAGGUUGCUAUGGUAAAGACAAAGGCUAGGAUAGUGGAAGGAGAUGCAGGGAAAGUAAUAUGCAAGGAAGCAGAGAGGUUGAAGCCUGCUGCUGUAGUUAUGGGCACCGGAGGCCAAAGCUUGAUUCAAAGUGUAAUACAGGGUAGUGUAAGUGAAUAUUGCUUCCAUAAUUGCAAAACAGCACCAAUUAUAGUCGUUCCUGGUAAAGAUGCAGGGGAGAAAUUUGUGCUGUAAUGGAUCAUAAGCAGGAUGAACAGGUUAAGGAUCGACAGAAGCAUGCAUAUGGUGAUUGUACCUCUUCUAGUGAAGGCAGGAUUUCUUUCUGUUGGAUGUGAACUUAGGAAUAAGAUUAUGAUUAGUUAAUUAGUUUGAUGUUUGUAAUAUACUACUUAUCUGUACUCAUGUAUAUUAGUUUGGCUAUAACUAUUUUAUAGUACAAUAGUGGAGUGUAUAACUAAUAUUCUUCAUCGAAUUGUGGCAAUGUUUAUGCCCUUGAAUACUCAUUUUGAGUG